AUUACAACAGAAGAGUUGGGGAAACACUAUGCGUUUCAAUUGAUUAAGAACUGCGCAAUUUCUUAGUAUCCAUCGCCGCUUUGGUCCCGGUGUCCUAAAAUAUAUUGAUAUCUAAAGGCUUGUUUGAAUUGAACAUGCGUGUGGCCUAUACUGGCGGUUGUAGCAGCUACGUACUUGGCGAUUUUGAAACGGAAUGGUCAAUUAUUCUGCGAGAGGGCUAUACAUUCAUUUUGGAAGACGAUAUGCAAGAUUAGAAAUUACUGUACAGCUUUGAAAUUGUGCAACAACACGAGACUAAUCGUUGUGCCAUGCCCAUGGCUGAUUCUCUAAAUGCUCUCAUCUCUCCCAAGCAACGAUUUCAUAAUGUAUCUGCGUGUACAGUUUCUGCAAGACGACAUUUUCUAAACGGAGUAAGGAUUUUUGACACAUUAUUCAGCUGUUACUUCAUUUGGGGAACGGUUUUGGGAGGCUACGUGGCUGAACGAACGUCAUUCGUGUGGAAAGAAGAUGUGUUACGCCGUUUUUUUUCUGUUACAGUGUGCAGCAACGGCACCUCCCAUGAGAAAGCAGCAUGCACAAACAGCGGAACAAGGCCUAACAUGAUGCCACGGCCUCGGUGUGCUGUUGGCAUGGGCCAGCCUGGCAUCACCUGAACAAACAUUAAAGAUGUUAACAUCACGGUCAGGGGCUUUGCAGCCACAGCAAAGAGCCAAUCAUAAUGAAGUGUGGGAAUGCGGGGCCGUCUGGUUGGCGCACGCAGUUGGCCUGGUACAGACGAUACCUGGCCCACGCAGGUACACACCCACGCACAGAACACACACGGUGGGAGGACGACACUGUGGCAGGAGGUGCAGGCAGAGAGAGAGAGAGCGCCUUAGGUGUCGUAAUAUGGUGGUCAACUGAGCCUCCAACCUCCCUGCCGCUGACCAGACGUGGCAUAUACAGGGCUGAAGAAAUCCCAGAGAUGAUUGGCUGUAGAAGCUGAGACUCGACGAGACAGAGGAUCUUGAACUCGGUGCUAUUCUGUAAGUUCAACUGGCUGUAUUGUAUUGGUGCUGGUGACGUGUCGAGGGUCUUCCUCGGUGUUGGCGCGUGGCCUUCUCUGUGCUGCGGUGGAGGGCUUCACAGACGCAGCUAGUGUGGCUGGAUGCAUCACACGGUAGAGCAGUUUGUCGGGCGUGGCACACGGGACUCCUUCCCUCUGGACGGACUCAGCCGGGGAACAUGGGCUCCCGUGGGUGGCCACGUCACCUGGGCGCAACCUGCCAGGUGUCCGCCAGGUGUCAAUCAACACCAGCUCCUACCCCAUCUACCUCCCAGUCACAUGGGUGGACUGACCCAUCCCAGUAAAUUCUUCAAUAAUGGGCCCAUGCAGGUGCGUGGCAGUGAGAAGCAGGAGCUGGCCCAGGCCAUGUUACCUGGCCUCCAGAGAGCGGACCAGCAACACCUCCCUCCUCCCCCUCACAGGGCGUGGGAACAGCCAGGUCAGCUGUACGAGUCACCCCCCCCUCCUCAUCCAUCCGUACCCCUGCCCAGCGACCACGCAACCCGUCUGCAUGGCGGGUAUAGCCCCGGGCCUCCCGCCAGCCUGCCCCCCAGGCCCAAUCAGCUACUGAAGUAUGUGGACCCUCAGGAGCAGCAUCUUCUCAGGGGUCCGACAUCGCUGGGUGAUGAUAUGUGGGCUCAGGUGCAGCAGAGGGGUUACCCAGGGAAGAUGUUGGGAGGGCAGCUGAAGAGACCGGCCCCCCCUCUCGGGGAGUACUCGGUCAUCCGGCACACCCCGCACCCCUCCUCUCGCCCCAAUGAGGACUGCCCCAGUCCCAGCAAGAGGAAGAGGAGCUCUGAGCAGGUUCCACACCCAGGCAUACAGAGGUUCUCUGGCCCAGGAGCACCCCUGCCCCCACAGCAGCAGCCCCCGUCCCACUACCCCCCUCCUCCACCCAAACCUGCUUUCUGGAACCCCAUGCACAAGGCGAGUGGCGCCCCCCGGGCCCAGCCCGAACGCAAGAACGGUUCCCCUGAUUUCCAGGUCCGAGCCGAGUCAGUCAAGUCCUGCAUGGGCGGCUACACCUACAAACCUCCCGCCCCCUCGCCCAUCUCCCCACCCCUCACCUCCUCCCCGGGAGGCUACCCUCAGAGGCACAGCGGGCCCCACCCACCCCACAAGCCCUCAUUCUCACCUCAGGCCCUCAAUCAACCCCCCCACAACAACCCCCACAGCUCUCACCCGCAGUACCCUAAACAACCAGCCCCGCCCCGCAUGGGGAUGGAGCCCAGGGGAGGUCCUCCUACCCCCCAGAGAGGCCCUACCACUGGGGAUAGGGGAGUCGACAACCAUCCGCCUCCUCACCACCACCAACCUCCAGCAAGGGGGGACAGGGACAGUAGGGAGCCCCCCCAACCCUCACCAGCAAACCACACCGGCGUGCCUUACAGCCACAACCCCCACUUCCAGCCCCACCCCGGGCUGGGCCACACUGCCCCCCACCCCCCUGCCAGCAGCACAGCAGUACCUCAGCAGCACAACCCCAGUCCCUCCCACCACGAGGCCUGGAGGCUCCAGGGACAGGGGCAGGGCAGGCCACAAAACAACCACCCCCUGGAGUCUGGUCACUACAGGGCAGGGCUGGUACCUCAGGGGCAGCAGAACCAGGCUGGGGAGGGACGCGGGACCCCGGGUCUCCAACACCAUCAGUACCCCCAUAUCAGCUCCCCUCAGGUUCCUACCAGAACCCCCGUCAUCAUCUCCACCCCCCAGGCCCUCUGCUCACAGUCCCAAAACAACCGCUACAACAACAGUAGUAGUAUUACUGGACCUGCACUCUCCACUGUGAUCACAGCACCACCUGCUGUGUGUUCAGCUAACAGCACCUGUAGGAGAGGCAGGGAGACGAUGUCACUGCCCCACCAGUCCUCAGCUGCGUCUCAGCUGGAGAGAGACCCAGAGAGGAGCCCCAUCCACCCCAUGCUGCACCCAGGGUAUCAGGGAGCCCACGCGGGCACUGCCAACCACCCACACCGGGCGCCACCCAGGCCCCAGCAGCAGCAGUUCCCUAGCCAGCACCACCAACAGUCUGUCCAGGGGAAGUCUUACUACAGACGGUCUGAUCCGGAUGGCACUCCGGCCUCCUCUUCAUCCUCCUCCUCUUCGUCAUUCUCAGGACACCAGAGGGCAGGGGAGAGCGUCAUCACCAGCAGGGGGUCUCACCCCAGCCCCCUCACCCAGACAGAGGGCACUAGCUCGCCCCUGCACCGCUCCAUGCCCGCCCCCCAACCCCACACUGUCAGCUCUGCCCCCCAGCCAGCCUCCAACCCCUCUUACUCCAGACUCUGUGCCCAGCCUGCCCCCCAGGCUACCACCACCUCAGCCAAGGGGUAUCUAAAUUCUCGACCCCAGCCACCUCCACCCUCAGCCCCCCAGUCCAUGGAGGAGGCUCUGGAUAAACUGGAUGCUGAGCUGCAGGGUCAUAUGCAGGCCGAGGAGAGGAGGGAGAGGGAGCAGGAAGAGCGGAGGGAGAGGGAGCAGGAAGAGCGGAAGAGGAGGGAGCAGGAAGAGCGGAGGGAGAGGGAGCAGGAAGAGCAGAGGGAGCAGGAAGAGCGGAAGAGGAGGGAGCAGGAAGAGCGGAAGAGGAGGGAGCAGGAAGAGCGGAAGAGGAGGGAGCAGGAAGAGCGGAAGAGGAGGGAGCAGGAAGAGCGGAAGCGGAGGGAGCAGGAAGAGCGGAAGAGGGAGUGGGAGAGAGAGCAGGAAGAGCGGAUGAGGAGGGAGAGGGAGCAGGGGAAGAGGAGAGAGUUGGAGAGAGUGGAAGAGGAGAAGAAAAGAAGGGAAUGGGAAAAAGAGGAAGAGGGAAGGAAGAGGGAUUUGGCAAGGGAACAAGAGGAGAGGAAGAGGAGGACUGAGUUGAUGAAAGAGGAGGAGAGGAGGAAGGCGGAGGAGGAGAUGAGCCGAAGUAAUAAAAGGAGAGAGGAGUCUGCCAUCGAGAGUCUGGAGAGACUCCUGUCCGGCAACUCCUCUGCUCCUCCACCUCCUCGCCUGUCCACCGUCUCCUCCUUUGUCCCACCCACCCCCAGCCAGUCAUCCUCCUCGCCCCCCUACCCCUGGCUGAGCCGGGGCGGGGCUCCCCCUUGUCCCCCAGGCCAGGCACCACCACCUCCCGCCCCCCUGGAGAUGUCACGGCCGCCCCCUCUCACCCCCCAGACGGAGUACGCCAGGGAGAAGCAGAGGCAGAGGGAGAUGUGGGGUGAAACCCCCCCCUCGUCAUUACACACUAGUAACGUCACCUCAGGGAACAACGCCCUGACCUCGUCGGGGCCCUUUUACCCCAACCACCCCUCAAAUAAGACCUUGACACAAGGUGCCCCCCCCCGCCCAUCCAAAGACACCCCCCAUCCCAAGGAGAACGAUAGUCAGCAGGCCCGAGGGGGAGCGAUGGGCGCUGUGGAUCCCAUCCACACCUCCAGCACGGUCACCCUCCGAGAGCCCCCCAAACUCUUCCAGGCGUUCCCCAGGGAUAGCCUUUCGUCUGGGCCCAACACCUCCAGGACCAGCAGCAGCACAUCCAGCACUGGGGGCCUCCCCAACAAGCGCAUGCCCAGCGGAGGCCUAGGCAGCCUGGGUUGCAGCGCCAGCAGCAGUAACAGCGGCGACUCCGACAGCGCCCAGUUUGAGGAGGAACCCUUGGAGCUCUCAACGUUACUCCCGGACGGUCUGGCCAACAUCAUGGCCAUGCUGGAUGAGUCCAUCAAGAAAGAGGAGGAAUCUCUGUACUGUAGCGACCGAAACGGUGCUAGGGAGACCAUCGUAAAUGCCUUCUCUGCUAUGCCGCCGGCCAAGGGCUAUCUGUGUGCCCCGGACCUCAUCCCAGCUCCCAAUCAGCAACCGCAGGGCGACUUUGUUGGGACGAACGUCCACGCCAGCCCCCCUGUACUGAGCCGACAGGGCUCCCUGGCCUCCCCCUGCAGCCGGACCUCCUCCAUCAACGAGGAAGACGAGGAGGGUUGUCUCGCCCUGAAACCCGCUUUGGAGCUCCACGAGCCAGCCGUCCCCCUCAACUCCGACCCCCAGUCAGGGACUAACUACAGCCACAGCGACCUGGCUAAACUCUACGGUCUCCCGGAGCCUGUGAAGAUCGAGGGUGACGACGAGGAUGAGGAAGAUGAGUCAGAGACCCCGUCCAGUUCCCCUCCCCCGCCCCAGAGGCCCCACCUCCACCAGACGGGGGUGAGCAGCACCUUCAAGUCCCAGGCCGCCCUGGAGAACCAGAAGUACGCCUACCGAGGAGGUCCGUUUGGCCGCCCGCCCCCCUCCGCUCUUGGGGGACUGAAGUACUCCUCCUCCCUCUCUCUGGGUCCCGACAUCCAACAGCAGCAGAAUAGCACCUCCCCCACCUCGGAUUCCACCAAUCACCCAGGCUUCACGCCGUCAUCGGCCCCUCCCCUAAAGACCCGCCCACACUCCCCCUCCAGCUGGGAGGCAAAGAGACAGGUCAAUAUCAAGAUGGAGGAGCCUGAUAUCUGGAGAGAUGGGAGAGAGGCCAUGGAGAAGAGGCUCCAUUCCAUGAGGGAGGAGUCCAAGUGUUAUCCCUCUACGCAACCCAUCAAGAUGGAGCCCAAGGAAGAGGCGACGCUUACAACCAUCUCCGAGUCUUCUCUGGCCGAGCUGGGCCGAAGCUGUGAGGUUCUCCUGACCCGACACUCCAGCUCCCUCCCCAGAAAGAACACCUCCGACAGGACCAAGACUGAGCUCAAACAGGAAGGCAGGCACCACAAGCCCGAGAGAGAGCGGGAACGACACCGAGAGAAGGAGAGGAAACCCGGCCGGAGCAAUAAGCACGGGGAGAGGAGAGAGGGGAAGAAAAAGCCGAGGGAGAAACGAGACGAGAUGUCCUCCUCCUCCUCUUCGUCCUCUCACUCCUCCUCCUCCUCCUCUUCGUCCUCUCACUCCUCCUCCAGUUCGAAACGGCACAGGCACAAGGAGAAGGGACACCGGCGGAUCCUUGGGAACCUGGACAUUCAGCGUAAGGAGAUCCGGGAGAAGGCGCGUCCGCGCCGACAUGAGGGGAAGGAGGCUGGGUCCACCAACGAAGGUGAAACCUCCGAAUGGGCGUCCCGUAGUAGAAGUGAAAGAUGUUCAGGAGUCAUGUCCGCUUCUCAGGGCAGAGGGGCUGGAUCAACGCUGCAGGGUUCAGCUGCUGACUUCAUGAAGCUGAAGGCCCUGUCGGACGGGCCGCCCAAGGAGUUGAAGAUCAGGCUGAUCAAGGUGGAGAGCGGCGACCGAGAGACGUUCAUCGCCUCUGAGGUGGAGGAGAAGCGGACACCCUUGGAGGAGAUCAGCAUCGAGAACACCGCCGCAGAGGUCAUCAGGGCCUGCAAGGGUGCGAGGGUGAAGGGGAAGUUCAGAGAGUCCUACCUGCUCCCUGCGUUCUCUGUCAAGCCGCUAUUUACUACAGAGCCCCUCCCACGGGAUAAACUCAACCCCCCCACGCCCAGCAUCUAUUUGGAGAGUAAGAGAGAUGCCCUCUCCCCUGUACUACUGCAGUUCUGUACAGACCCCAAGAACCCUGUUACUGUCAUCAGAGGACUGGCCGGGUCCCUACGACUCAACCUGGGUCUGUUCUCCACUAAGUCUCUGGUGGAUGCUAACUCUGAGCAUGCUGUGGAGGUGAGGACCCAGGUACAGCAGCCUGCUGAUGAGAACUGGGACCCCAGCGGCACAGGGCAGACCUGGCCCUGCGAGAGCAGCCGCUCGCACACCACCAUCGCCAAGUACGCCCAGUACCAGGCUUCGUCCUUCCAGGAGAGUCUGCAGGAGGAGAAGGGUAGUGAUGAAGAGGCUGAGGAAGAUGAAGAAGACAAGGAGAAGAUGAGUAAGGAGACCAGCCCUGAGACAUCUAGCAAAGAACCCACAAGUAAAGAUGCUACCAGUACCGAACAGAAACCAGUGGGAAAGAUAAUCAAGUUUGGCACCAACAUUGACCUGUCAGACCCCAAGAGGUGGAAGGCCCAGCUGCAGGAGCUCCAGAAGCUUCCGGCCUUCAUGCGCGUGGCGUCCAGCGGCAACAUGCUGAGCCACGUAGGUCACACCAUCCUGGGCAUGAACACGGUCCAGCUCUACAUGAAGGUCCCCGGGAGCCGCACGCCUGGCCACCAGGAGAACAACAACUUCUGCUCUGUGAACGUCAACAUUGGGCCUGGAGACUGCGAGUGGUUCUCCGUGCACGAAAACUACUGGCCGGCCAUCGACGACUUCUGUGAAAAGCACGGAGUAGACUACCUGACCGGUUCCUGGUGGCCUGUUCUGGAGGACCUGUACCGAUCCAACAUCCCUGUGUACCGCUUCAUUCAGAGGCCCGGGGACCUGGUGUGGAUCAACGCAGGGACCGUCCACUGGGUCCAGGCUGUGGGCUGGUGCAACAACAUCGCGUGGAACGUGGGCCCACUCAACUCCUACCAGUACCAGCUGGCCCUGGAGAGGUUUGAGUGGAACGAGGUCAAGAAGGUCAAGUCCAUUGUCCCCAUGAUCCACGUUUCCUGGAACGUGGCCCGCACCGUCAAGGUCACCGACCCCGACACAUACAAGAUGAUCAAGCACUGCCUCCUGCAGUCCAUCAAGCACAUCCAGGUUCUGCGAGACCAGCUGGUAGCAGCAGGGAAGAAGAUCUCCUACCAGAGCCGAGUGAAGGACGAACCAGCUUACUACUGCAACGAGUGUGAUGUGGAGGUGUUUGACCUGCUGUUCGUGACGUCUGAGAGUGGCAGCAGGAAGACCUAUGUGGUCCACUGUGAGGACUGUGCCCGCCAGAGAAACCCCAGCCUCUCCAACAACGUAGUGGUGUUGGAGCAGUACCGCAUGGAGGAGCUAAUGAGUACCUACGACGCAUUCAGCCUGACUGCAGCCCCGAGUACACGGUGAUAAAGCUCCUCCCCCUCCACGUCUCACAGCCAUAACCAAAACUCCUGCCAGACAGGACUUAACAUCUUUAAAAAAAUGUUAUUUUUAACCUUUUUUUUUUUUUUGUUUCCCCCUUCGUUAUUUAAGAUGUUUUUACUACUGCUAAUACUUGCCGAUCAAACAGCCAAUCGAAAACCAGUUUACUACUCAUCACUGUUUACAAAACCGAACCGCCAAUCAAAUGCCAGUUUACCCUUGUUGUAGACUGUUCAUGAGCAGCGUUCUGGUUUCCGGAGGACUUGAAAACUUGGAAAGGCAGUUGGUGCUAGCUGCCAUUGUGAACAAGCAACAAAGGGUUGACAGUUAUCAAUGGCAUGAAUUUUAUUAUUUCCAUAUCUUCUUCUUCUUUUUUUUAUCAUGAAUUCUGAAAUUUGUAAAUGCUGUGUGUUUUAUGUGGGGUGCUGUUUUUUUUUUUUUCUAAAAUAAUGUAUUUUCUUUAAGACUAGAUCAGCCCUAGAUAUAUACCACAUUGGCCUUGUGACUUGUAUUUAGAAGAUAAAUAAGAUGCAUUUUUUUCUAAAAGCAUUAAGAAUAAGGAGACACAAUAAAAAUACAAUUGUUUGAAAUGCUUAGAAACAUACGGGUUUUAAAGUCUUUUUUUAGAUUUUCUGUUUAGUCUUUCUUACUCUUGUAUGUGUUGUGUUUUUACAAAUGUAUAACGUUUAUUUCCACGGGAAGGCGAAAGAGUCAAUUGUCACAACUCUUUAGGAGUACAUCAGGUAUUUUUGUUUUAAUGAAUUGCUUCCAUUUUUGCAUUGUUUUUUAUCUCUGAUUUUGUUAGUUUUUUUGCUUAAUAUACAGAUUUAUCAUUUUUCUUCUGGAUUUUACAUUGUACAUUUCUUUUUUUAUUUAAAAUGUUUCUUAUAUUUAUAAGAUGUCAAUGUUCUCCCCUUACUUUUAUUGGGGUUUGAAAGUCAUUUUUGUCCUCUGUAACAACUGAAAGGGUGUGUUAUGGGAGGACAAGGUUCUCUGGUGCUUCUUCUGGUUCUAAAUAUAUAUAUGAUAUUUCUAAUGAAUAUAACUUACACUUUCCCUGUAGUUGGUAGGAUCCACAGCCGAGGUUGAGUUGACGAAUCGAAUACGGUCUUUUUAAUGCGUGGGGGGAAAUUGUCAUUGUUUUUCAUUCUUUUUAGGGGCUUUGAUUUUUUUUAUUUUUAUAUAUAUAUAUAUAUGUAUUAUUGUAAUCUGUUGGAAUAUUGACUUAUGGGAUAGAAAGGUGCUACAGUUUUCGGAUAAACUAUUUUUGUUUUUCCUUCAAGAUAAAUUCUAUUUUUCCUGUUGCAAUAUACCUUCCUUUUCCUUCUCUUUGUGGUCAUUUAUUUAAAAUGCACUCUUUAGAACACACACACCAAACUGAGCCAGACAUUUCUUAAACACUUUGUGAAUUUGUGUGACAUUUUACUAUGACUUAUUAAUAAAUAAACGCUUUUGAUAAAGC